AACAAACAUUUAGCCGAACCCCAAAACGUCCACACUGCCCAAGCUAAGCACCUCGUUUUGUUUAAAAAAUCCAUCCAAAAUGAGUAAAUACGAUUCUAAAUACCUCGAAGACAAGCUUAAAAAGGAAUUGGAGGCGGACUACGUGAGUGUGACGGACGAAUCGGACGGUUGUGGCGGCAAAUUCAGCGCAAUCAUCGUGACAUCAGCCUUUAACGGCAAAACCCUGUUGCAAAAACAUAGAUUAGUCAACUCGACGCUGGCCGAAGAACUGAAAGAAAUCCAUGCAUUCUCACAGAAAUCGUACACGCUCGAAGAGUGGGAGAAAGUGAAAGCCCAAUAGUAAC